AUGAUGGCUCGGCAUGUCAAAGUUGUGGAGGGUCUUGCUCUCUUGGAUGCAGAAGAGCUCUGUCUUGCAACUACUGUGAUGAUAUUCUAUGUAAAACCUGCUCUGGGUUUUCCUCAAAUGAAUGCUCAGUAUGUGUUGAUAAUGCAAGUGGCCCGGGAACAGGCUGUAAUUGUAAUGCAGGCUGGAAGCCUUCUUCUAUAG